GACGGUGAAACGAAAACUCUUGUCAGUGGCUCAGGCUCAGAACAUAUUACUAUUAGUUUAGUGGGUAAUACUAAUCUGAAUCUGAGACUAUCACUUAAAAAAAGAACAACUAAUAAAAUAUCUUUCUGAGAGUUGAGAGAGUAAUACUAAUAUUUAGUACCGGUAACUAGUAAUAGUAGGCUAGUAGUAGUAGAAGAAGUAGGCCUAGUUGGCCUAUUAAAAAUAUAAUUAUAAUAAAUUUAAAUGGCUAAGUGUCACAAGUGUAGUCACUUGUCUACGACCGACGUUACAUUUGAAUUUCCAGGCAUGCAAUGUUACUUAGAAUCAAAUGAGGGCAAGACAUUUCUUAAAACACUAUCCACUAGAGACAACUGCUACUUUGAAUUUUCAUCAAAGGACAAAACACAGAAAACAACUUUUGACAAGAAAUGUUUAUUAUUUCAAACAAUCGUGUGUUAUGGCUUCAACGUUCACUUGGUUAAAGGCUUUAUUGGGGACAUUCAUUGCCAGCUGAAAGUUCAGUUUAUGCCCUCAAACAAAGGUAUUAAACUUUUCAAACUAUUACUAGCUCUUGCUAAAUAAGCCACUAUGCAUGCUCUAUAGAAUUCCAGCCAAUUUUUGUUAACUGCUUUGCUUGCAAACUUUCAAAGAGAUAUUUAUUUUUAUGUGAACAAUGACUUGAUUCCCAAGCCCAAAUCCCAUAACUAUGUUCAUUGUCAUUUUAUUACUGCAUCAAGUAUCAAAUUUAUAAUGAUAUUUAACUAAAUAUAGUUGUGAACCGUUUCUGGGCCAUGUUGGCUGGUUCAGGUAACCAAAAAAUGUUAUAUGACUGAUUUUUAUAUUAGAAAUAAAGUAAUAGAAAUAUUCAAACAAUCAUACCUACUAUAACUGUCAUUAAUAAAAAGAUACUUUUUUUUAAUAUUAUGGAGGCAUAUUCUUUUGACAUAGCUUCAACUCCAUGAGAAUUUUUUGUGCGUAAAAAAAUCUUCAAUUCUAAAUAACAAACUAACCAAAUUAUUGCACUCAAGUACUGAACCCCCUUUAUGCAUCAAUCUUUCUCUACCCACACCAAUUUAAAUAUUAAUUUGUAGUCAAUCUAUCUACUAUUUUAAAGUUUAUUUAAAAUUCCUAAUUAAAAAUAACCCUUUUUUAACAGAGAAAUGUUAUGCUCAAGAUUCCGGCAAUGGUUUGUACCUGAUCUACCUCCCACCUUGGCGUAUUAAAGGAGAUCAACAGAUAAGUCAUUUUCAAACACUAAGGACAUCUCUGAGUGCAUCCAUAAAUUAUGUUAUUCAUGUGGCUCAGCAAGAUCAAUCCCAAACUUUGGUGUUCUCUGCAGAAAAUAUUUCUGAUGCUGAAUAUCCAUUUCCACUUGAUGCAAUAGCACAUGCUUUGGUUGAAUCACUUUGUGAAGCAUAUUCAUAUACACAAAAUGUUAAUCUCCAAGAAUGCAGCUCAUUCACACCUGAUAUUUAUGUAUGUGAACCAACACGUGAAGCAGUUUUCAAAGCAUUCACAUUUGUUUUUAACAGAUAUGCACCUAUUAUAUGUACAGGUACAGAUCAACAAAUGCACUCAAAGGGUAUGCUACUUGUUUUGUCAACUAUUUAACUACAUAUGUGUAUGAGAAAAGCUUGUUCUAAAACUUGACUUAUUUGUCAAGUAAAAUUUGAUUUCGCAUUUUUUUGGAUAUAUUGUAAUACUUUUCUUACUUUAAGGCAAUCUUUAGAACAUCACUCACAUAGCAAAUGAAAAUAAAUCAAAGAAUUGUCAUUAAAGAAUUGAAUGUAAUUUAUUUAAUUAUUUUUGACGCUAAUAAAGGAUACAAGCACAUUCUGAAUAUUAAUAUAUUAAAGUUAAAGGAAAAAUAUUUCCAAACUAACAUAAAUUAAUGUUUUACUGAUAGUAUAAAUUACAUUAAAAUUCUUUUAAGGCUUUCACGAGUGCAAAACCAAAAUACCAAAGAAUGGCAGAGUUGCAGAAUCUAAUCAUAGAUCUUUCAUUAAAGUGAGUAUUUCAGAUUAGGAUGGCUAAAACAUAAUAUAUUUCAAGAAUUUCAAAUCAAAUUUUUCUUAAAUCUAAAUUUUGAUACCGGUACUUAAUUAUUUGAUCCAUAUAAAUACAUAAUAAAUAAAGAGUUAAUUUUGUUUAAUUUUAUGUUUUUUGUUGUAGUCAGAAAAACAACAUCAUAGCAAUAAAAAUCAGCCAAAUAAGAAAGGAAACGAGAUUAUGACAAAAGUAACAAAAUUCGGUAUGUAUUUUAAUUUGAAAGUUUAUCGGGUGACUGGAGGGCUAUGUGGUUUAGUAUGUCAACACCAGAAAAUAACAUACAAAAGUUCAAACCCCAGCUAUACUUAAACAAGCUAAACAACUCUGAAUGGAUUGGGCUCGUCAACUUUGUAUGGUGGCCCAUCUGAGAGGAGAAAAACUCUGAUUAGUGGUGAUUGCAAAACCUACAUUGCCUUGGUUACGGUCUGUGGGAUAAAACCCCAACAGAAUAAUCUGGAGUUUGAGUCCUGUAGUCAGUAUGCAAUCAACUCCUGGGCUACCCCUGGGUUCACAUCUACAUGUAGUGGGCGGUGGUGAACCUUAAGUAAAUGCUACAGAAAAUAUGUAGUCAUCACCGGCUUUUGACAUCAACCAACUGACCCUAGCAGUAUGGUUAAUAUAUUUUAUGAUAAUGUGCCAUGCUAAUAUAAAUAUAAAGUCGGAAUGUUUUAUAUAACAGUGACCAGAUGACCUGCUUUACCCGGGACAGUCACUAUUUUCACAUCACCCGUCCAGGUGUCCCUGAAAGGUCAGGAAAUGUCCCGGCUGUGGUGUUUUCCAGCAAACUGUGUACUUUUCCUUAGACAGGGACAAAUGCUCCCACCAUAAGAGUCUUUUCUCUGAUUAGCAAUAUGUGUACACCAGAUGAAUCACUACUGAAAAUCAAUGCAUAUUGUCAAAUGCAAUUUCAGUGAUUCAUCUGAAAAUUUUUAUUCAAAACUUCCCCAAAAAAAGUUAUUAAAAAAAAGAAAAAAUGUUAUUAAAAAAUCCUGUUGUCCUGAGAGCUGUCCUCUCAUCUGAGAAAUAUUAGUGUGUCAUGAUUAUGAAAUUAAUAAUUACAGUUCACUUGUUGAUGCUUCAUAUUUCCGAUGAUAUGGAUUUUGCCAAUAUCUUUUUAUUUUUUAACAACAUGUCAAUUUUUAGUAUUUAGUUACUCACUGACAAGCUGUUUUUCCUUUUUAAGAACAUUGAACAAGUGACAUGUUCAAUCUCAGACUUAACUUUAACUUCGUUAUCGGUACUAUGUUCAAUCUCAGACUUAACUUUAACUUCGUUAUUGGUACUAUGUUCAAUCUCAGACUUAACUUUAACUUAGUUAUUGGUACUAUGUUCAAUCUCAGACUUAACUUUAACUUAGUUAUUGGUACUAUGUUCAAUCUCAGACUUAACUUUAACUUAGUUAUCGGUACUAUGUUCAAUCUCAGACUUAACUUUAACUUAGUUAUUGGUACUAUGUUCAAUCUCAGACUUAACUUUAACUUCGUUAUUGGUACUAUGUUCAAUCUCAGACUUAACUUUAACUUCGUUAUUGGUACUAUGUUCAAUCUCAGACUUAACUUUAACUUCGUUAUUGGUACUAUGUUCAAUCUCAGACUUAACUUUAACUUAGUUAUUGGUACUAUGUUCAAUCUCAGACUUAACUUUAACUUAGUUAUUGGUACUAUGUUCAAUCUCAGACUUAACUUUAACUUAGUUAUUGGUACUAUGUUCAAUCUCAGACUUAACUUUAACUUAGUUAUUGGUACUAUGUUCAAUCUCAGACUUAACUUUAACUUAGUUAUUGGUACUAUGUUCAAUCUCAGACUUAACUUUAACUUAGUUAUUGGUACUAUGUUCAAUCUCAGACUUAACUUUAACUUAGUUAUUGGUACUAUGUUCAAUCUCAGACUUAACUUUAACUUAGUUAUUGGUACUAUGUUCAAUCUCAGACUUAACUUUAACUUAGUUAUUGGUACUAUGUUCAAUCUCAGACUUAACUUUAACUUAGUUAUUGGUACUAUGUUCAAUCUCAGACUUAACUUUAACUUAGUUAUUGGUACUAUGUUCAAUCUCAGACUUAACUUUAACUUAGUUAUUGGUACUAUGUUCAAUCUCAGACUUAACUUUAACUUAGUUAUUGGUACUAUGUUCAAUCUCAGACUUAACUUUAACUUAGUUAUUGGUACUAUGUUCAAUCUCAGACUUAACUUUAACUUAGUUAUUGGUACUAUGUUCAAUCUCAGACUUAACUUUAACUUAGUUAUUGGUACUAUGUUCAAUCUCAGACUUAACUUUAACUUAGUUAUUGGUACUAUGUUCAAUCUCAGACUUAACUUUAACUUAGUUAUUGGUACUAUGUUCAAUCUCAGACUUAACUUUAACUUAGUUAUUGGUACUAUGUUCAAUCUCAGACUUAACUUUAACUUAGUUAUUGGUACUAUGUUCAAUCUCAGACUUAACUUUAACUUAGUUAUUGGUACUAUGUUCAAUCUCAGACUUAACUUUAACUUAGUUUUUGGUACUAUGUUCAAUCUCAGACUUAACUUUAACUUAGUUAUUGGUACUAUGUUCAAUCUCAGACUUAACUUUAACUUAGUUAUUGGUACUAUGUUCAAUCUCAGACUUAACUUUAACUUAGUUAUUGGUACUAUGUUCAAUCUCAGACUUAACUUUAACUUUGUUAUUGGUACUAUGUUCAAUCUCAGACUUAACUUUAACUUAGUUAUUGGUACUAUGUUCAAUCUCAGACUUAACUUUAACUUAGUUAUCGGUACUAUGUUCAAUCUCAGACUUAACUUUAACUUAGUUAUUGGUACUAUGUUCAAUCUCAGACUUAACUUUAACUUAGUUAUGGGUACUAUGUUCAAUCUCAGACUUAACUUUAACUUCGUUAUCGGUACUAUGUUCAAUCUCAGACUUAACUUUAACUUAGUUAUUGGUACUAUGUUCAAUCUCAGACUUAACUUUAACUUAGUUAUUGGUACUAUGUUCAAUCUCAGACUUAACUUUAACUUCGUUAUCGGUACUAUGUUCAAUCUCAGACUUAACUUUAACUUAGUUAUUGGUACUAUGUUCAAUCUCAGACUUAACUUUAACUUAGUUAUCGGUACUAUGUUCAAUCUCAGACUUAACUUUAACUUAGUUAUCGGUACUAUGUUCAAUCUCAGACUUAACUUUAACUUAGUUAUUGGUACUAUGUUCAAUCUCAGACUUAACUUUAACUUAGUUAUUGGUACUAUGUUCAAUCUCAGACUUAACUUUAACUUAGUUAUUGGUACUAUGUUCAAUCUCAGACUUAACUUUAACUUAGUUAUUGGUACUAUGUUCAAUCUCAGACUUAACUUUAACUUAGUUAUUGGUACUAUGUUCAAUCUCAGACUUAACUUUAACUUCGUUAUCGGUACUAUGUUCAAUCUCAGACUUAACUUUAACUUCGUUAUUGGUACUAUGUUCAAUCUCAGACUUAACUUUAACUUUGUUUUCGGUACUAUGUUCAAUCUCAGACUUAACUUUAACUUAGUUAUUGGUACUAUGUUCAAUCUCAGACUUAACUUUAACUUAGUUAUUGGUACUAUGUUCAAUCUCAGACUUAACUUUAACUUUGUUAUUAGUACUAUGUUCAAUCUCAGACUUAACUUUAACUUAGUUAUUGGUACUAUGUUCAAUCUCAGACUUAACUUUAACUUAGUUAUCGGUACUAUGUUCAAUCUCAGACUUAACUUUAACUUAGUUAUUGGUACUAGAUUACUGAUACUUUCCUACUUUUUUUUGUACAAAUAUUUCACCUGCGAUUCCUGAUUUACACAAUGUACAUUUUCAGUACAUCCAUAACGUACAGUAUAUUGCAUAAUGUAUACUAAUGAAGUUGCUCUUUUCUCAUCAUGAAAGUGUCUUUCAGUCAUUUUUCAGGAACCAUUUUUGGCUUUGGGUCCCAGGUUACCCUCAGAAAAAUCUGGUCACCAUAUUUAUAUUAUGUGCAUUGACUUCAUAAAUGCAACAUUUCUGUGGUGGUGUUUAGUUAUCCAAAAAUGUUGGUACCGUUAUCCGAAAUACCUCUUGUACCAAUCAGUUGGGACUAUCAGUGCUCUACAUUCAGUAUAGUGAAUUUAAUAACAAAUGCUUUUAAUUUUGAAAUAUUAUGCAACAACAGUUCAGUCCCUUUGCAUAAACAGUUUGGGUUAUACUGGUGAUUUGAAGAUGAAUUCCAGCAUUCAAUUUAAAUUUAAGCAAAACAUAGUAUGGAUUGCUGUUGCAAUUUUUAUUGACUUUUUUGUUCACUAAAUUCUAACUUUUAUGUUGAAAUAUUUAAAUACUACCAAAGAAAGAGGGAUGCUUUGUAAUGCCAUAAUCAUGGUUAAACAGAUAGUAUUUAAAAAAAUAGUUUGCUAUUCCAAAAGCAAAAUUACCUUAAGUUUAUUUUUAAUAAGCCUAUAAACAUUAUUGCUGCCCCCAUUAAGUGCUGCCUUGGGUUGCCCCUUCACCUCUCCCUUGGUUCACCACACUGUGAGAGGGGGAUCUGCUGACUGGCAAAUAUCCAGGCACUGUGAUUUUGCAACUUCCUGUAAAAUCACACUAUUGUCUCAUUAAGACAGACAAAUGCCAAGUAAUUUAUUUAUUAUUAAAGUUGAUAGAAUGACAAAAGGACUGUAAAAAUGUUGGUAUUACUUAGAUAUCUUGUUACUUGAUAUUUCAUUUGCCAGUAAAAUUAUAUUUCUAAUAUAAAGUAGUCUUUAAUGGAUACUUUUAUUUUAAAAAUGUAUAAUUAUAAUGACGUUUUUUUUUGUGGGUUUUUUUACAUUCUGGAUUUGAUAGAAACUUAAUAUUUUUUCAUUUCAUUAUGCACAUAAUAUUUUCUUUAAUUUACGGUAAUUAUUGUUAGUGUUUUGUUGAAUUUUAAAAGUUAAAAGUAAUACAUUUACAUAGUUGCAUGUCAACUAUCUACAGCUAAGUUUUUUUGGGUUUUUUUUGCUGUCCAAGGCUCCUUAGCACAAACAUCGGUGUUUCAUAUCGUCUUUCUUCAGGUUUUUCCCUAUCUUGUAUAUAUUUCUUAUUACAUAGUUGUAGCUGUAAUGUACCAUCUACAUUAUAUUUCAGAGUAAAAAAUUCAGUCGUAAUUCAUUUUUAAAGCAGAUAGUUUGCUUUCUGUUUCAGUAAACAAAUUAACUACAUCAAAAGCUCAAAGUAAGUUGAAUUUGUGAACAUUAUUAAUCUUUUUAUUCAAAUCAGUACACGAUUCUUGUUUCAGUACAAUAAUUUUUGUUCUAAUUCCACAAAUAUAAAAUUAUCAUAUUGUUAUUCUUAUGUUUUGUUCUUAAUAAUUUUUAUAUUUUAUAUCUAGAAUAAUUAAUUAGUCUACUUCUUUUGAAGAUUUAAUCUAAAGUAUUGCUCAAUACAUUUAUUUUUGUAAUUCCUUCUAUGUGGUUUCAUUUUAUUUCAUGUUUGUAUUUUGCAAACAGACCCUGAAGUCCAGCACAAACCUAAAUCUGCUAAGAGUUCUCUAGCUUUGAGAAUUUCCAAGACCACCAUUAAAAUUUCAGGUCAAUCUAUUGAAAAUAAUGGGAAGACAACAGCAGAUCUCAAAAAACACUUGGAAGAUUUAAUGACACAAAACACUUCUAAGCACACUUUGAAUGAACAGCAAACAAUAGAUUUUGAGGUAUUCUUUUUUUUAAAUUUAAAUAGUUAAUUCUCUAAAAAUCCAAUUAUUAUAAUGAUCUGAAUAAUGAAAAGUCAGAUGGUAUGUUCACAACUAAUGAUCUUUAUAAAUUUAUCAAACUCUUUUUUAACUACAGAAGAUGAUGAGAAAUGCAGAAGAAAUGCCUGUACAAUUCUUUCUGGACAAGGGGGCAUGCUUUUCAAAAGAGCGAAACCUGUCAAGAGGAAGGAGUCAACGUGACAGAAUUGCUCAUUACAGUGACAGGUUCAAAGAAUCGUUAUUAACAGUUUGUGGUCUGCAGAAAGAAACUGUGACAGAGUUUAUUAACAUGGUUUUAGGAGAAAGUCCAUUUUAUUUUAAUUCAUCAUCACAAGUGGAGAGCGCUUCUGUCACAGAAUGUUCUGAUGAGGAUGACAGAAAAAGUCAACAGAAAACGAGCAUCAAUGCUAGUUUAUCAGCUCAUAAAAGUGAAUGUGAGGAAUAUUUCUGUUGGAUGAUUGAAACACAGCCAAAUAAGGGAGAGAAUAUUGAUUUUGUACCCUAUGCUAAUUCAGAGCAACUUGAAGAACAUUAUAAGAAAAUGGAAAAAAUAACUACAAAAGACACCAGUGUGGUUAAUUUCAAAACUAUGAAGAUCUGUGUUGAUGGAGAUGAAAAAUGGCUCAUUUGUUCACCGCGUACUGAUCGUAAGUGUUGUCAAGGAAUUUUUAUAAAUACUUUUUUUUUACUGUCAAAACACAAAAAUUACUUCCCAUUUUUUGCUUUGAUACGCAAACAAUUUCCUCUCUUUGUUCAAAAUAUUUUAAAUAUAAAAUUUCAAAAUCGCUUAUCAUAGUUAAGUCUUUUUGAGGAUCCAUUUUGGAAAAUGAGCUAUGUAUCAAUUUUCAGCCCACCAAAAUGUAGGGAAGUUGGUUUGAAUAUCGGACAUUAAAUAAAUUUUUCAUGGCAAGUUAUAAAAAAAAGUUUUGAAAAACGUAUAGAUUCUGUAGCCUUGUUUUCCAGAUUUUUCAAAGCCUUAAAGUAAAUAUUAUGAUUAAUUUAUUUAUGUUAAUUUACUAACAUUUGUUCAAAAGAGAUUAGAUUCAAGGAUAAUUAAUUUUGUGACUUGGGAAUUCAGUUAAUAAGACAUUGUUUUUAAUGCAGAUGCUACUUACUACCCUGAUCCACCUCGUGCCUGGGAAACUUCAACAAACAAUCCUUACAAGCUCAAGUUGGUAUCAAAUGCUGAUAAAGAAUUUAAAAAUAUUGAAGACCUAUUGACAGACAAUAUUGUACAAUGGGAAUAUUGGGAAAUAAAAGAAGUAUGUACAUGUUAAUAUGUUUCUCUUUUUUUCAAGAGUUUAGUGGUUUCUGGAAGAAUCCUCUUUUUUAAAUAAAACAGUGUAAAUCAUGGUACAAUAGUUAUUUAUCAUAAUUGAAAUGUGGUAUUGGCAUAAAAUAAUGUAGAUGUGAUAUUAAUUAUUGUCAAAGCUUAAAUGUGUAACAAUAAAAUAAUCAUACAGUUGCUUUGCUAAAAUAUUAAAGGAACAAAUAAAAGUCAUUUUUUUAUUAAUGUAAUCUUACCUUUAUAAAAUGUAUAACUGUCACUUUGUUAUAUAACAUAUAAAUUAUUCAAAAUAUGUUAAAGUUGAAAAAAAUUUAUAUUUUUUUUAUUAACCUAUUAACAAUCAUUUAAGAUCAAAAGGAUUGAGAACUUGCAAUUGUGGCAGUCUUAUGAAUGGAAAAAGCAUAUGACAAAGUCAUCUGACAGCAUAAUGUGGCACAGAGUUUCAGCCACCUGUCAAUCGUUCGUUUGUAAAUAUGGCCUCCAUAAAAAUUUCAGUGCUAUGCCACUAAAAGGUAUUCUAUUAAUUUUGAAACAAAGUUUAAUUUUUUUUUAAAUUUUAUUUUGACUUUAUUUGUUGUUUAAUUUUAUUUAUAAACCUGUUAUUUUAGAAAUAAAGGCUCUUGUUAGGGGUUCUUAACAAAUAACUUUGUUAUGAAAAAAUAAUAAAAGAUCUUAUAAACCUUCCAAAAUGGAAUUAUAAGGCAUUAAAAAAAAAAAGUUUUUUUUUUAAAUUCAUAUUUUAAUUUAAUUGUUUUUAUAAAAAUUAUUAUUAAAAAUCUGGAGGAAAAAUUCAUCUAUCAUUUUUUUCUUCUAUUUGAAAUUUUAAAAAAAAAUAUAUGACAUAUCAAAUCAAUUAAUAAGUAAUAUUCUAGCAUUUGAAUCUCUCAAAAGUCUAGCUAUGAAUAUUUAGAAAUUACCACUGAAUUAGAAUAAAUUCUGACACAAAUAUUGUAUGUUGGUUCAGAUUAAAGCUGAAGCUCAAGAAUAAAAAGUGAAUAAUUUUGAUGUCACACUUAGUUAGUUCUCAGAUUUUUAAAAUUCUGCAUUCACCUUCUCGUUUGCAGCAAAAACUUAUGGAGAUAGUGUAGUGCUUGUCAGGUCACCAAAUGACUGUUUAACGCAAAGUGACCUUAAUGACGGGGAAGAAGUCCAUCUUGUCUUAGCACAAGUACUUCAUGAAAAGAAAGGUGAAAAGCAGAACUGUAUGAGUUCAUCGCCAGUCAAUGUUUUUGAUGGUGAACACACAAUCUGUAGUGAUGCAGAAGCCUACCCAUGUCAUAUUGUUACUAUCAAAGUGAAACCUAGAACAUCCUCUGAAUAACAAUGUCAUUACAAUACAUGGGGGCAAGCAACCAUAUGACACCUCUGAAAAUACUAAAUUAUCAACAAGUAUAUGACAUUUCUUGUUAUCCAACUAAAACAAAUUAUGAAUAACCCCCAGGUUGGUAAACACUUAAUUAUAAUUAUAAAACACAGAGAUAAACAUAUUUGAAGGGAUUUCCAAUCUGUAUUUGAAAAUAGAAUCCGAAAUGUCCAAUACAUUGAGACGUUGCCCCCUUAAUUGACUUAACAUUAUGUGAUGUAAUUCCCUGGACCAUUACUAUUAUAUCAAUAUCCAGCUCUGUAGAUCACAUAAGAAAAUGUAUAAUGAUAAAAUCCAACAGGAUACCUAUAACUUAUAACGUGCAUGUUUCAAAAAUAAAGGAGAGUAAUUGAACAAGUGUGGGAAUACCGGGAGACUAGUGGAUGUCAUAUUUGCGAACAGCCCAGGCACAGUGAAAUUAAUCCAAAGAUUUGAUUGAUUUGCAAGUGGGUGUUUGAAAUAUAGUUUAGUUUUAGUAAUUAACUAUUUCAAAUCUAUAAAAGCAGUGCAUUUUGGAGAAUGAUGUGUGAAUGUAAAAUUGUUCAACAACAGAGAAAGUGUGUAGAUCACUGAU